GUUUGCCCUCACGUCCUUCCACACAAGGCAGGCGGUUCGGUUGCCCCCCACGGAGCUGGUUUUUCAUUCCUGGGUUGCUCCAUUGUUGGGCAAUUCUCAUUAGUUGUUGGCGUUCUCGGCGGGCUCGGAUCUUGGAACUCGGUCCGGAACCUGGCCAUAAUGAUGCUCCAAGACUCCAGUUGAGGUGGGAUGGUCUUCUCGUCACACCAGGAGCAGCACUAGCCCUGGGGGCCAUCUGCAAGCCCGCCGAGGCAUUUAUAAGCUUCAAGCUGCACCUUGGGCUGGCUUGUCUGUUUUGUCUUUUGCUUUAGACUACGACCUACUCAGCUCCGGCCUUCGCUCGUUUAGGAGGGAACUCACGAGGACACCGCCCCUGGGACCUUCAGCAUCACGCGACCCGCUCAUUUUCAAGCAAUCUCCAUACCUCCUUUCACCGUCAAGCAGCAAACAUGAAGUACCUUUCGGCUAUCCUCGUCCUUGGACUUGGAGUUAUCUCAGCCGUGGCUCAGGAGCUUGCCCCGUCUCCUACCGAGUCAGUCGGAUGCGUGCCUCACGGUGAUCACUGGCAUUGUGAAGGCCCUGCACCGGCGACAUCCGCCGAACCGGUCGAGUCUCCCACCAUCGCUCCGUCUCCAACCGAGUCGGUGGGCUGCGUUCCGCAUGGUGAUCACUGGCACUGCGAAGGACCUCGCCCGACGGACGAGCCAGCCGUAACCACCAGCACGGUUCCCGUCAUUACUACUCCUACUACUACCACCACCAGCCAUGAAGAAGACCACGGCGACAGCGCCUCGCUGGCUCCCAGCCCGACCGAGUCCGUGGGCUGUGAGCCCCACGGAGACCACUGGCACUGCGACGGACCUGCCGUGACCAUGGCCACUGUGACCACGACCACGAGUGGCGCUGCGGCCGGCACUGGCAGCCCAAGCAGCACUCGCUCGGCCCCUAGCUCUGUUGUCACCGCCGGCGCUGCCCUUCACCAACUUCAUGGGGCUGUGGGUGUUGUGGGGUUGGCUGCGUUAGUCGUGGCGGGUAUCUAAGUUGGUACCAGACUGGAUUUGGGCUUGGUGCAUGUACUGUACAACACCUCAUGAGGGCAUGGAUACGGGUAGGGAUGUCAAUGGUCGUACUAAAGCCCUUGCUGGGACGCUUAAUGAACAAACCGGUUGUGUCUUGUCUUCGUGUUGCAUACUAGGUACCUUAGAUUUUCAGUUCUUGUUCCUUUGGCUCACGUUCCUCAAGGGGCGUGAGCUUUUAAUAAAAGUCUUAAUCAUCUCCAG